UGUUUGCCCAUCCCUACAUCUCCACUGGCACGUGUUUACAAACUUGUGUACUCUACAGAAAUUUAACGUCUCGACUCCUGAAACGCCAUUGUGAAAUAGCUGGAAUACAGAUAUAUCUGGAGGAUUAAUGGAUCACGAAUACGCUGGCGUUAGCCCGCUGGGCGCCGGUGAGGGAAAGAGCGCCGCCUCGACUGCGUCAAUCCUGUGCUGCGAGUGUGGAGUGGUUAUCCAGCCCAAUCCAGCCAACAUGUGCGUCACUUGUCUGCGCAACCAUGUGGACAUCACGGAGAGCAUCCCGAAACAGGCGGUGCUCCACUUCUGUCGUAAUUGCGAGCGCUAUCUGCAGCCGCCCAACGAAUGGAUUCAGGCCUCUUUGGAGUCUCGCGAGCUUCUAGCCCUAUGCCUGAAGAAGCUUAAGGGAUUAAAGGAAGUGAAAUUGGUGGACGCUGGCUUCAUCUGGACGGAGCAGCACUCCAAGCGCAUUAAGGUGAAGUUGACCGUGCACGGAGAGAUCACCGGAGGAACGGUUCUACAGCAAGUCUUUGUGGUGGAAUUUACAGUGCAGAAUCAGAUGUGUAACGAUUGUCAUCGCACUGAAGCUAAGGAUUUCUGGCGCUGCCUGGUGCAAGUUCGGCAGCGGGCAGAGAACAAGAAGACCUUCUACUAUCUGGAACAGUUGAUUCUCAAGCACAAGGCCCACGAGAACACAUUGGGCAUAAAGCCGGAGCACGGUGGCCUGGAUUUCUUUUACGCUAAUGAUAACCAUGCCCGGCGCAUGGUCGACUUUCUUUUGACCAUGGUUCCCGGGAAGGUGACAACCUCGAAGCGUCUCAUCUCGCACGAUAUUCACAGUAACAACUACAAUUACAAGUACAACUGGUCAGUAGAAAUAGCACCAGUGUCGAAAGACAGUGCCGUUUGCCUGUCGAAGAAGCUACGCCACCAGCUGGGUAAUCUAUCUCCAUUGGUCCUGGUUAACCGAGUGUCCAGCAGCAUUCAUUUGAUUGAUCCUCUGACUGCACAGAUUGCAGAACUUACGUCACAGGUGUACUUCAGAGCUCCUUUUGAAGCCAUCUGCAACCCGAAGCAGCUUGUUGAAUACGUUGUCAUGGACAUUGAUGUGAUUAUGGAGAAAGAUCGAAAGACUUAUCCCGGCCAAGGACAGGUCUCUUUUAAGCAUGCCCUCUGCGACAUUUGGGUAGUGCGUGCUUCGGAGCUGGGCAUCAACGAUAACCCCAUUCACACACGCUCCCACUUGGGUCACCUACUCAAGGUGGGCGAUUCUGUGAUGGGCUACAACACCGGCGAGGCUAAUAUCAACGACCAAGAAUUCGACAAACUGUCACCGGAUUUAAUUCCAGAUGUGAUCCUUGUACGCAAACACUACGAUCGCCAAACUAGACUUAGCCAGCGCGUGUGGAAGAUCAAGCAUCUGGCAGCGGAGGCCACAGAUGAGCGCAGCAAAUACGAUUACCACGAGUUCCUCGAUGAUCUCGAAGAGAACGAGGAUAUUCGAGGACAGGUCAACAUCUAUCGCGAUACCAACAAGACGAUACCAAUUGAGGUUCAGGCCACUGGCGGAGAUGUGCCGCAGAUCACGCUGGAGGAGAUGCUGGAGGACAUGACGCUCGAGUGCGCCGAUGACGAUAUGGGCGAGGAUGAAGGAGCGGCAGAUGCCGAACCGCAACUGUAGUUUCUUUAUUUUUUUUUAUUAAUCAUAUCCUUUUUUUACCCAUGUAUGACCUGUACAUAUUCGCUUAAUACACAUAAACACCUAGGAAACUA